AUGCUAAUUCGUGUUAAACAAUUUAAUGUCCUCGUGUUGGCUUUAUCUGCUGUUACAACAGGAGUUUUCAGUUUGCCUUGUGAAGAUAUUAUUGGAACAGAUAGUGGGGAUGUAGUAUAUACGGAAGCCAAUCAAGCAAUAAAACAUGCACCAGGGACAACAGCGCUUAUGUUAUGCAAAUUUGGAUAUACCAGCUCAUUCCCUUUUAUAGUGUCCUGUCAGGAAAAUGGCAAAUGGAGCAAUAAACUUGGUGAAUGUAUAUUAAUUAGUAAGACUUGUGAUGCUCAAAUUUCCCAGCAUAACAUCAUUUAUAUGCCUCCAGGAAUCUCGAACAGAUAUCCAUCAGGCACAUUUGCGAUAUUGCAAUGUUCUUUGGGUCAAAUACCAACUGGGCAUUCAUCUGCUAUGUGUUUGGACGGAAGGUGGACUGCAGAAUUAGGUGUCUGUAAGAAACUGCUUGAUAAUCGUAUUUCCAAUAAUGUAAAUCGAACAUCCAACAUCAAAGUUACUGAACCGAAGGUUGAAUCAGGUAGCACCAUACAGUCAGAAAUUACACCUGAUAAUAUCGUUGAGAAUGCAGUGGAGAAAUCACUAGUGACAAAUAUGUUGCCAGCAAAUGCGGAAAAUAUAACAUUAACAAAUGUGGGAAAUACAGCAUCAGCAAAUGCGGAAAGUACAACAUCAACAAUUGCGGAAAGUGCAAUAUCAACAAUUGCGGAAAGUGCAACAUCAACAAUUGCGGAAAGUGCAACAUCAACAAUUACGGAAAGUGCAACAUCAACAAUUGCGGAAAGUGCAACAUCAACAAUUGCGGAAAGUGCAACAUCAACAAGUUUGGAAAAUACAACAUCAACAAAUGAGGAAAGUGCAACAUCAAUAAGUGUGGAAAAUACAACAUCGACAAGUGCGGAAAAUACAACAUUAACAAGUGUGGGAAAUACAACAUCAUCUGAUUCUGACGAGUUGAAAAUUGAUUCAAAUAUGACUUUGGAGAAUACAUUCUUCUUAUUAGAUCUGCUAAAAAUUAAAAGUUGA